AUGUAAAAUUAAAACAUAGUACUUUAUAGUUAUUUUAGAUCUUCAACAUCUUGGAGAGUCAGAAUCGCUUUAAAUUUAAAAAAAAUAUAAUAUGAAAUUAAGCCAAUAAAUUUAUUAUAGAGUGAAUAAAAAUCAGAAUAUUUUACAAAAAUUAAUCCAAAUUAAGCUGUUCCUGCAUUAGAAUAUAAAGGACAGAUUAUAAUUGAAAGUUCAGCAAUAUUAGAUUUUUUAGAGGAAGAAUUUCCCGAUUCUUAUAAUUUAUUACCUAAAGAUAAUCUUCAAAGAGCAAAUAUUAGAGGAUUUUGUUAAAUUAUUAAUAGUUCUAUCCAUCCUUUACAAAAUCUAAGAGUAAUUUAGUAUGUGGAAUGCUAAUACAAAUAAGACAAAAUCGAAUGGUUAAAACAUUGGGUAAACAAAGGAUUUUAAGUUUUGGAACAAAUUUUAAAAGAAAAUAAAGGUUUAUAUUGUUUUGGAGAUUAAAUUAGUUUAGCAGAUAUAUAUUUUAUUCCUUAAGUUUAGGGAGUUGUUGAUAGAUUUUAAUUCGAUUUAAGUCCUUUUCCUAAUAUUAAAGAAGUUUAUGAAAAUCUUAAAAAUAUUUAAGAAUUUAUAGAUGCUUCACCUGCUAAAUAAAUAGAUAAUCUUAAUAAAUGA